UAUAUUUUUGGAAAUCCCUUAUUAUUUUUAACCAACUUUGCGUAUCUUUUUAAAAGAUAUUUUCAUGGUGAAAUUUUUAAGCAGUUUAUAUCGUAAAAUUUUAGAAAUUAUAAGUGAUUUGCUUAUGUAAUGUUGAAAAAUGCUCUUAUUUGUACAAAAAUGAGAAGAAUGUUCGUGGAAAAUAUUCAUUUUCAGAAAAAGUGUUCUAUUUUAUAGCAUUGUCUUUUUUAUAUCGAAAGAAAGUCCUAUUUUUAACUGGGCUGGCAGCAAAGGGAGACAUCUGGUUGAUAGGAUUUAGGUUGCAUUUUUUUCUGCUGAAAAGCAUACACUUCCCAGUUUUUCAUGACACUUGAACUUAACCAACCAUAAUAGCCACAAAAAGGUUGUCUAACAUCUUACAAAUAGUUUCUACUGCUACUUGUUGAAGUAAAGAAGUUUCAUUGCAAAUGACUAAUAACAAUGAAUGGUGCUUUAAUAUGAUGUUUCUAUGUUAUUCAUUCAUUCCAAUGUAAAUCUUAGAUGCAUUGAUAACUUAAGAUAAUUUAUUUUACACUUAAGUCAAUAUAAGUUUUCAAUCACUAUGAGUUUAAAAGUACUUAAUGCUCAUGCUGAUCCCAAACCUUAUUCCUGUAGUGUGUGUAAUAAAAGUUUUUCCUUUUGGAGUUAUCUGACUGAGCAUAUUCGCAUUCAUACUGGUGAGAAACCUUAUUCUUGUGGUAUUUGUGAUAAAAGUUUUUCAUUUAAGAGUAAUCUGACUGAGCAUAAACAGGCUCAUGCAGGUGAGAAACCUUAUUCUUGUAGUAUAUGUAAUAAAAGUUUUUCAUUGAAGACAAUUCUAACUAGACACAGUCGCACUCAUACUGGUGAAAAACCGUACUCUUGUAGUAUAUGUAAUAAAAGCUUUUCAUUUUGGAAUCAUCUCACUGAGCAUAAUCGCGUUCAUACUGGUGAGAAACCUUAUUCUUGUAAUGUAUGUAAUAAAAGUUUUUCAUUUAGAAGUGUUCUGUAUGAACAUAAACGGUUUCAUACUGGUGAGAAACCUUAUUCUUGUAGUGUAUGUAGCAAAAGUUUUUCAAAAAAUAGUGAUUUAACUAGGCACAUUCGUACUCAUACUGGGGAAAAGCCUUAUUCUUGUAGUGUGUGUAAUAAAAGUUUUUCAGAAAAUAAUGAUUUAGUUAGACACAGUCGCAUUCAUACUGGUGAGAAACCUUAUUCUUGUAGUGUAUGUAAUAGAAGUUUUUCAUGUAGGAGUAAUUUGACGAAGCAUAAAGACGUUCAUACUGAUAAGAAACCUUAUUCUUGUAGUGUAUGUAAUAAAAGUUUUUCAUGUAGGAAUUAUCUGACAAAGCACAAAGGCGUUCAUACUGAUCAGAAACCUUAUUCUUGUUGUAUAUGUAAUAAAAGUUUUUCAUAUAGGCGAAAUAUGAUAAAGCAUAAAGACUUUCACACUGAUAAGAAGCCUUAUUCUUGUAGUAUAUGUAAUAAAAGUUUUUUAUCUAAGAGUAAUCUGACAAAGCAUGAAGGCGUUCAUACUGAUAAAAAACCUUUUUCUUGUAGUGUAUGUAAUAAAAAGUUUUCAUAUAGGCGUAAUCUGAUAAAGCAUAAAGAUGUUCAUAUUGAUAAGAAACCUUAUUCUUGUAGUGUUGUAAUAGAAGUUUUUCACUGAAGAAAAUUCUGACUGUUCUCAGCUGCGCUCAUAUUUGUUAAAAACCUUGUUCUUGUAGGGUAUGCAAUAAAGAUUUUUUUAUUUAGGAGUAAUCUGACUCAGGAAAGUCACACUCAUAUUGGUGAAAAACCUUAUUCUUGAAGUGUAUGUAAUAAGACUUUUUUGCAGAAGCCGCAUUUAUGGGCAUAAUCUCAUUUAAUCUGGAGAGAAGCCUUAUUCUUGUAGUGUGUGUAGCAAAGUUAUUUGGGAAUGUUUACAUUAUCUGUUUACAGUUUUGUUCAUACUGCUAAAUAGUUUUAUUUUUAUAAAAAAGUGUAAUAAUAGUUUUAUUUAACAUUAUAAUGGUCUAGCUGUCCACAUUCCUUUUCAUUCUGCUUAGAUAUCUCACUCUUGUAGUUUUAUGAAGAAUGUUAUGUGAUGAAUAAAAAUGUUUCAAUUGAAACGUU